CCAUCACUCAACGCCCGCAAAACCCAAACCGGUGGUGGCUCGCUCGGACGUUGUGGGCGCUCGCUCACGGGGCUCACGGGCGAUAAGUGGAACGCGCACCCAUCGUUGCAUGUUGCUUGCAUCACUUGACGACGUCGUCAACUUCGUCGCGAUCACUGCCGCUCGCUGUCGAUUAUCUAUUUUUCAAUCACUACAUACCCUUCUGGAUUUUUCACGAAAUUGCUUAUCGAAUGCGAUUAUAUUAUCGCCGCACAAUGAGAAGUCCAAAAUCAAUUCCCAGACACUGCUGACAAACAUCGGGCAAUUACUAAAAAUGCGUUUUGCAGUGUUUCGCAAUUACCGCUUGAAUGAGAAUGAAGAAUGUGGGUCAACGCAAAUCCGAUAAAAAGGCGCAGAAAGAGACCACCGGGAUACGUCGCGGGUAAACGGGAAGCUUUCACCGGGGCGCAAUGGUUGGCUCCGGCAUUAGCGAAUUCAUUGGCAGGGACACGAUCGGUGAUCCUAAGAUGAAGCUGCGAACGGACGACGAAGAGGAGGAAAGCGACGCGGAGGACACAGCCAGAUUAAUAUCUUCGUCUGUGCAACGUGGCAUUGUCCAGCCGAACGACGAUUCUACCAAUAACAAUAGAAUGCCAAAAUUGAAAGUCUCGACGGAUGGUGACCAAGACGACGACGACGACGACGAGAACGUCUGGACGAUUUCCGUUCAAAUGUUCAUACCUUUUUUACUCGCUGGCUUCGGCAUGGUUGCAGCUAGUUUAUUACUGGACGUUGUUCAGCACUGGCCGGUUUAUCAAGUAGUCUCGGAAGUUUAUAUUCUCGUUCCGGCAUUACUGGGAUUGAAAGGGAAUUUGGAAAUGACUCUGGCGUCGCGUCUCUCGACUCAGGCGAAUUUAGGCCACAUGGACACGCCGAAGCAACAAUGGACUCUGAUAAUAGGGAAUCUCGCUCUGAUACAGUGCCAAGCGAUGGUCGUUGGACUUUUAGCCUCCCUCGCAGCUGUUAUACUAGGCUGGGUUCCCGAGGCACAUUUUGACAUCCAUCAUGGACUUUUGUUGUGCGCCAGCUCACUCGUCACCGCAUCGGUAGCCAGUUUUCUUCUGGGUCUCGUUAUGGUUGCCGUUAUCCUACUAUCAAGACGAAUGAAUAUUAAUCCUGACAACGUCGCGACGCCGAUCGCAGCGUCUCUCGGAGAUCUCACCACUUUGGCUCUGCUUUCUUGGAUCGCAUCGCUCUUGUACAAUGCAAUAGAGGCACGAGCGUGGAUAUCGCCGUUUCUAAUAGUGUUUUGUGUCCUGGCAACCCCGAUAUGGGGUUACGUGGCAGCGAGAAAUCCGUUUACGAAGGAGGUACUCGAUUACGGUUGGUCCCCGGUCAUAUUGGCAAUGUUGAUAAGCAGCAUCGGUGGCCUCAUACUCGAUUACACGAUAUCGAGUUACAAAGGAAUAGCUGUCUUUCAAUUGGUCAUUAAUGGGGUCGGUGGCAAUUUAGUAGCGGUUCAGGCCAGUAGAAUUUCAACAUCGCUCCACAAAGAUCAAAACAGUGAAAAUCCACGGGGGGAUACACUGAAAAUUUGCGUCAGUCCUUUUCACGCAUUUUUGGCUACAGGUGGCCACGCAAGAACUGCCAGAGUUCUCUUGAUGAUGGUUAUUCCUGGACAUUUGAUAUUUAGCUAUACCAUCAGUUAUCUUCAAGCCGGACACACCUCUUUCACGGCUACUUUCAUCGUAGUUUAUUUAUUCGCGGCCGUUCUUCAGGUGAUUUUACUACUCUAUCUAGCUCAACUGAUGGUCGUAUGGAUGUGGAAACAAGGAAUGGAUCCGGACAGUUCAGCGAUUCCGUACUUGACCGCUGCCGGCGAUCUUUUAGGUACAGCGCUGUUGGGAAUCGCUUUUCACGUUUUAUAUGCGAUCGGUGAUGGAGAUUCCGAUGUCGGCGACUGAAGGAGAACCAUGUUUUUCUCCGAGAGAACGAAAAAAAACCUCUCUACCAGCAGACCCGCCCGCCGCAACCGCAAUUUCAGGACCAAAUAUUUUUCUGCUGCUUUCUUCUCAAAUUAUUGUCAUUUUGCACGCUACUGGCAAGUUGAAUUUGAGCAGCAAGAAGAUUCUCGGAUUGAAAAAAGUAAUUCUUUGAGUCAGUAUUGGACAAUUUAGUCAAGUAAAAUAAAAAUUAGAGCCAAAUAAUAAGUAGAAUUAAAAAAAAAAAAAAAAGUGCCAGUUCACUCAGCCAUAUCCGAAACACGAAGAAAAAAAAGUCACGUAUGUAAACCAACUGAUGAAUCUUGACGAGUUAUAGGGAAAUACGGGGCAAAAUUGACACUUAAGGAUUUAAGUAAGUUUCAUUGAUGAGCAUAUGGUAUUUCAACUAUUCUUGAGUCCCAAAAUCCUUGUUUCCCGAAUUUCGUUAAAAAAAAAAAAAAAAUCGGAGCAAAACUGACACAGCCCCUCGGAAGCAUAAAAAUCGAAAAAUCGACAUUUUCGAAAUACAGCCAUUCCAAGCGAGUCUUCCCGAACAGAAUGUCAACUCGGUAAUAUGGGAAAAGAAAUGGGACCACUCAGACUCCAUUCCUUGGAUGUUAAUUGAAAAAAAAUGAGUCAAAUCUUAUAUCCCAUUUCUGUCAUGUUUUUGAGGAAUGCAAAAAGUCAAUUUUGGAUCCAUCGUGCUGGGGUAUAUUUCGUGUUCGCACUAUAUCGGAGUCCCAUUAUUGAUUCAUGGUCCUAGUUUGCGGAAUUUCUUCAAAAAAAUUUUCCGGGACCCCAACGGACACAGCCUUUGCAAGGCAUAAAAAUGAAAAUAUCGAAAUUUUUCGAAAUGCAGCAGUUUAGCAGACAGAAAAAAAAGCUCACCAAGACAGCCAAGUCCUCGUCUUUCGAAGACGUUACUUGCAUUUUUUGCGAAGGGUUAUAUAUUCGGCGUCCUCCGAUGAUUGGAUUUACCGUGGUAACAUGCAAAAAGUGGGCACACACCUUGUGUACAAUUGUUGAAGACGAAGAUGUCAGCUGUGAGUGCGAUUUUUGUAAAAAAUGAGUAAAAAACCUUUUUUCCUUA